AUGGCGGGGGUGGAGGAGUCUGGACUGUUCUCUUGGUUGGGAGCCUGGUUUGUGAUCAGGGCGAAGGUGGUUGGAAAGAAAACGGUGUCUAACGCCAUCAAGUAUGACAUCCAACAGAUCAAGAUGUUCAAAUGCCCAGACCAGGUUAUCCACGCCAUCUUCACUGCACCAUCCCCAGCCGCAUGCGGUGUGACUCUGGACCUCAACAAGGAGUAUCUCUUCACAGGCAAGCUGGAGACUGGAAGGAUGUAUGUAACACUGUGUGGCUAUAAUCCGCCCUGGGAGGACUUGAGUGCUGCACAAAAGAAAAGCUUGACUCACCGCUACCAAAGCGGCUGUGAUUGCAAGAUCAUCCACUGCACUUCGCUCCCCUGUCCGAUCAGCACCACAGAUGCAUGCCUGUGGAUGGACUGGGGGACAAACAAUGGCCGAAACCUUGCCUGUAUCAAGAGUAAUGGUUCUUGUGCUUGGAAGUAGUUCCUAGAUAUUGGGGACUCCUAUACUCUACAGGCCAUCUGCUUACUGACUCCAGAUGACAAAGCUGCGAAGGUGUAGUUUUAAAUGAACCAACAUGUCUUACUGGUCACUUCUUGUAAAAUAAACAAAACAAAUAUAGCAUU